GGCAGAAAUCCUAUGCAUAAGCAAGUUGCAGUGAUAAUGAACUAUCUAAACAGUCAUGAUCUGGUUUCAGUCGUAGUAAGUUAUUAAUGCAGAUAUGAAUUCAAUCACAAAUGCAUUACAGAGUAAUAUAUGCGUAAUUUUGAACAAUAUAUUUUAGUAGAGUUAGCCCAGGCAACAGCAUAGAAAACAUUUGUUUGUAAACACAAUGGCUGGGCUGGUGGCUGACUAUGGUUCUUCAUCUGACGAGGAUAAAAGUGACGAUGAACUUACUCAACACCUAUUGAACAAGACCACCAGCAAGACAGCUGUCAACUACUUUGAAUCUUCUUUUGAGCAAGAACGGCAGAUCAAAAGAAAUAAGAAAGAAGAACCCAGCAGCCCUGUAAUUCUUGCAAAUCCCCUUCGUGACAAUGCAACUCUGUCUCCAUAUGAUGACGAUCAUUCUGCUUCUGUGUUCUUUAAUCCAUUCCACAAAGCACAAGAGGAUAAAAAGAUGGUGUUGGAGAAACAUGUAAAAAUGACAGAAAAUCCUAAAGAUGUCCUAGAAAUCAACGGAAAGAAAAUUUGUUGGAAUUAUAGAAAAGGUCGCUGCAAAUUUGGACAUAAUUGCAAAUUUGCACAUGAUUCAGAUAUAAGCCAGCCUUAUGACUCGAGAGAGACUCAGAACUCCAUUACAAACUCGAGUGCAGCAUCAGUAUCCUUUGGGGAGUUAGGAACCCAGGUGUUAGUAGCAGAACCAACGGUAGAUGAAGUAACACUAAAAAAAAAGAAAAAACGUCCAGGUUUGUCGGAUAAAAUUAUUCCAGGUAAAAAGGUACAAAAACUGCACCGCAAACAGCAGGCCAGAGAAACGCCAUGGCUUUUGAAGCGAUGAUUUUUUUUUUUUCAGUCAGUAAAGUGUACCUUUUGUAGGGUAAUCAAUUUCUUUAUUCCAAGUAGGAGCUGGUAAGUGUGUUUAAUAAUUAAAAUUUGUAUUUUUGUAAAAUUCUUAAUAGACUUCCAGUUCAUUGUAAUAUGCAAUAUAGUAUAAAGCACUGCACUAAGUGUAAAAUCAAUAUUUUUCACAAAGUAUUAAUAGCACUUGAAUUCAUUAAACAGUGUGUAUCCCUGUUUUUUUAUGAUGCAAUUUCAUACCAGAGAUAUGCAGUACAUUGUUAUUAUUAAUAUUCAAUGUUGUUUAUAGUCAUUCUCUUAUAAAAUAUAAUGGUUAUAUUCUUCAUGAAACAAGAAAUGCCAUAUGCAAUUCACAAUCACCCAACAAUUUGAAAAUUUUAAGCAACAUUGCAGUUCCUUGUGGCCCAUUAUGAAAUCAGGAUGUACCAUAUACUAUGCAUAGGUGUACAGUUUUGGAAAAUGUAACAAUAAUUCCCUGUUAAGUAAAAGAACAAUUUGUUACAGCAGAAAUGCAACAAAUUGGCUUGUCCAUAAUUACACAUAUGUUAAUAUUCACAAGAGAUAGAGCUUAGAAGUCAGUGAAAGUUUGCAUUGUGUAACUAGAAUAGAAAUGUUUAAAGUAAAAAAAGAAUAUUUUUCUAGGACAAAUGCUCCAUUUAUUUAUUGAUGGGUAUAUAUACUAAGAGGUAUGUAUCUCUCAGAAUAUAUACAUACUGAGAUUAUAGCUUGAAUGGGUUUAAAGCAUAUUGAUUACACAAGGGACAUUAAGACUGCAUGUUAUCCGUUCACCAUGUCAAGAAUACUUUAAUUCUUAAAAUGGGCUUUACAGUAAAAUUUCAGUGAUUGUACUGUACAAUGAGAGAGACAUCUCUCGAUGCAUAUGUCCUGGGCAUUGAGAGUUUCUUUUAAUCCAUCUUUUAGAAAUCAGGUUAUCCUUGACUGGUGGUAUACAGGCAGUAUGUAGCCUGAAUGAGCCUUAUAUGGUUAACAGGUUUUAAACCUAAUAAACCAACCAACUAAUCCCUAUAUUCAUUCUGUUUCAUUAAUGGCUUGUCAUUCCAUAAUGUAGGAGUCUUUAACCCUCACAUUUUUAAGUCUACAUUUACAAGAUAACACAGUUCACUGUGAUGACCACUUUCCAAACAGACUUUUAACAGAUUACUUGGUAUGCAGUAUUAUAAUUGAUAGUGAACUAGCUCAUACAGAUAUUACAUGUAGUAAUAAAAUGCCUUUCUAGUUAGAAUGCAAAUUUUCAGGUAGUGACAAGGAUUGAUUAAUUUGUCUUAUAAUGCAGUUUAUUAAUGAAGUUAUUUUUUCAGUUGGUAAAGUCAGCUGGUGUAGCAUAGAUUUCCAUACCUAUCAUGAGCUAUGUAUAUCAUCAUUAUAUUAAGAGUACUGAACUCCAUCAUUACCUAAAGCAUGAUAUAUUUGUACAUUUAUAUGUAUCUCAACAUUAAAUAUAACAUUCUAAUGCUGA